AUGGCUCCUGGGUCAUGCAUCCUUGUGGCCGCUAGGGGGCAGCAGGAGCUAAAUGGCUGCCUAGAAAGAGCCCAGUGCCUGGAGACCUGGGAAACAGGAUGCAAAGUAGACUCCUUAGACACUAACUCCACUGUGCUGAAGCACCUGCUUCUGAGCAUUAACACCCCGCUGCCCUUUGAAACCGCUGAGCGAAUUCGCAAGCUGCUGGAGGAUAUGCUCCCAGAGCACAGUGAUGCUAAGUUCCUGAAGACUCUCAGGAUGAAGCACACAGGAAGUGAACGCAACAGACAGAACUGGGGUCACUUGGAGAAGGUGGCUGCACUGAGCCGGGUCCAGAAUAACAUUUCCAACUUUGGAGGACCCAAGCUCUCUGACCAUCUCUGGAGAGUCAGCAGGUGGAACAAGAAAAAUGAAAUGGGGGAAAAACCCUUUGAAUAUCCUGUAUGUGAUAAAGCCUUUGCACAUCACAGUAAUCCUCAAGGACAUGAAAGAGGUCAUACGCCAGAAAAAUCCUUUGAAUGUAAGCAAUGUGCCUUUGCACAAUACAGUCAUCUUCAAAACCAUGAAAGAACACAUACUGGAGAGAAACCCUAUGAAUGUAAGCAAUGUGGUAAAGCCUUUGCACAGCAAAGUGGUCUUCAAAGUCAUGAAAGAACACAUACUGGAGAGAAACCCUAUGAAUGUAAGCAAUGUGGUAAAGUCUUUGCACAUCACAAUAGUCUUCAAAUACAUAAAAGAACACACAGUGGAGAGAAACCCUAUGAAUGUAAGCAAUGUGGUAAAGCCUUUGCACAUCACAGUAGUCUUAAAGAACAUAAAAGAACACACAGUGGAGAGAAACCCUAUGAAUGUAAGCAAUGUGGUAAAGCCUUUGCACAGCAAAGUGGUCUUCAAAGUCAUGAAAGAACACAUACUGGAGAGAAACCCUAUGAAUGUAAGCAAUGUGGUAAAGCCUUUGCACAGCAAAGUGGUCUUCAAAGUCAUGAAAGAACACAUACUGGAGAGAAACCCUAUGAAUGUAAGCAAUGUGGUAAAGUAUUUGCAUAUUACACUAGUCUUCAAAUACAUAAAAGAACACACACCAGAGAGAAACCCUAUGAAUGUAAGCAAUGUGGUAAAACCUUUGCACGGUACAGUUAUUUUCAAACUCAUGAAAGAACACAUACUGGAGAGAAACUCUAUGAAUGUAAGCAAUGUGGUAAAGCCUUUAUAGAUCACAGUAGUCUUCAAACUCAUGAAAGAACACAUACUGGAGAGAAACCCUAUGAAUGUAAGCAAUGUGGUAAAGCCUUUGCACAAUACAGUCAUCUUCAAAACCAUGAAAGAACACAUACUGGAGAGAAACCCUAUGAAUGUAAGCAAUGUGGUAAAGCCUUUGCACAGCAAAGUGGUCUUCAAAGUCAUGAAAGAACACAUACUGGAGAGAAACCCUAUGAAUGUAAGCAAUGUGGUAAAGUCUUUGCACAUCACAAUAGUCUUCAAAUACAUAAAAGAACACACAGUGGAGAGAAACCCUAUGAAUGUAAGCAAUGUGGUAAAGCCUUUGCACAUCACAGUAGUCUUAAAGAACAUAAAAGAACACACAGUGGAGAGAAACCCUAUGAAUGUAAGCAAUGUGGUAAAGCCUUUGCACAGCAAAGUGGUCUUCAAAGUCAUGAAAGAACACAUACUGGAGAGAAACCCUAUGAAUGUAAGCAAUGUGCUCUGUUCACCAAUGCUUCAGGAACUCCCAUUCCCAAGGACCUACCACCGGCAGAGCCGGUGCAUGGCAGUGGCAUACUAAUGAAAUCUGGUCAGCUCUUGUGA